GCACCAUGCUCCACUGGCACGGCACAGUUGAUUGUAAAUUGUUCAACGAUUACCAUGGUAAAAGCACGGAAAUACGUCGUGAAGAACUAUUUUGAGGGUUAUCCCAAACGUGAAGAUUAUGAAAUAGUUGAAUACGAGCUGCCUCCACUCAAGAAUGGAGAAGUUCUCGUCAAAGUUGAAUGGGUGAGUGUGGACCCGUACAUGCGAGCGUACAAUAGCCGAAAAACUCUGCCAUAUGAUCAGUCUGGUUUCCAAGUUGGAUUAGUUGAAGAAUCCAAGGAUCCUAGAUACCCAGUUGGAUCCAGAAUAAUAUCUCACUCAGGGUGGUGCGAUUAUUGUAUCAUUAAAACGUUUAACAGCAGUGAGACCAUUUGGGAUCCCUAUAAAUUACCAAAGUUGCAAGGUCUCUCGAAUUCCUUAGCAAUAGGAGCUUUGGGCAUGCCAGGUGCUACUGCUUACUUCGGAUUUCUAGAAGUUUGCAAGCCAAAGGCUGGUGAGACAGUUGUUGUGUCGGGCGCUGCUGGAGCUGUGGGCUCUCUGGUCGGACAGAUCGCGAAGAUCAAGGGCUGCAAGGUGAUCGGCUUCGCUGGCUCCGAUGAUAAAGUCAAGUGGCUUGAAGAGAUUGGUUUCGACAGAGCUAUCAACUACAAGACUGCUGACAUCGCGGCGGCUCUGAAGGAAGCUGCUCCCAAUGGCGUGGAUUGCUACUUCGAUAAUGUUGGAGGCGAAGUCAGCAAUUCUGUCAUAAGUCAAAUGAAUACUGGCGGCAGGAUUUCAGUUUGUGGUGCUAUCAGUUCGUACAAUGGUCCCAGUGGCGCUACAGGAAACAUACCUUUGAUGACUGUGCUGUACAAACAAUUGCUUAUCCAAGGGAUUUAUGUUGACCGAUGGUUCGAUCGACUAGAUGAAUUAAUUAAAGAUGGCACAGAAUGGAUCAAAAGCGGAAAGUUGCAGCCUAGAGAGCACAUUACUGAAGGGUUUGAGAAUAUCUUCGACGCUUUUGUGGGAAUGUUAAAAGGAGACAAUUAUGGAAAAGCUGUUGUUAAAUUGUAACAUCUUUAUAGACAUCAUGAUCACAAUCACAUCAUAGGGUUCAAUAAUAUUGUCGAUUCAUUUUACUUUAAGUACCUACCUAAGUCAUGGUGGCCCGGAGGUUUAAGACGCCGACUUCUCAUGCAUGAGAAUGCUGGUUAGAAACCUACUAAUAGCAACUGGGUACCAAUGCGAUUUUUCUGAGUUAUGUGUAUUUUCUAAGAUUAUUUAGACACCAAUGAUGAACGAUGAAAGAAAAUAUCGUAUAAUUUCUAAGAAACCUUCUCCGUGUGACAAAAGAGUAAUGGUCAGCAGUGCUCCACUUAUAUGUAGCCUACAUAAUGUAGGCUGUUGAUGUGGUGAUAAUAUUGUGAAGACGUAGACAGAGAAACCAAGUUUGUGAAGAAGGUACCUAGUACCUAUUUAUGCUUAGUUAGAAUAAAAAUACCUAGUCUAUCUAAAUCACGCCUAAAAUGAUACGAGCUUUUUGCCUCAUCAUUCUUAUUGUUGAAAAAAAUCACUAAUUUAUGUGCGUUUAUCGCUCGCCUACGUUAGUAAAAAUCUGAUAUAAAUAUAUUGUUGAUAAUUU